AGCGAGCGACGGGACCGAUCCGCAGAGCCUGAGCGAGGAGCAGCGCCCGCCCGCGGGCUCCCGUCGCGCGUGGGGGCGGCGGGACAUGCGCAGCGGCUCUGCGGCGCGCGGGGUGCGGGGACGCGGGGACGCGGGGCGGCGCGCAGGGGGCCCCUCUGCCGCCCCGCGCCCCCAUGUACGCCUUCUACUCGCUGCUCAUCUACAUCUUCUACAGCCUCUUCCGCAGGGACGGGGCGGCCGCGCGCUCCGGGGACGCUGCCCAGGAUGCCCGCUGCAAGCCCGGGGACCGCCGCCGAGCCGACCAGUCCACGGCCGAUCUAUGGAGCGAGCUGAGCGGGCUGGUCGGCUGCCCGGAGUCCUCCGAGGAUGCGCCAGGCGCGGACCCUGAGUCCCCGCCGGCCCAGGUCUCGCUGGAAGAGGCGCUGGUGCGCCUGGCCGAGUUCCUCUCCGUCCAUCUGGAGGCGGAGGAGGGCUGCAGAAAUGCUCCAGACUUGAGCAAGCCCAGCGACCUGCCUCCGCUGCUGACUGUCACCGGCCAGCUUUUGGCCCUGUUGGCCUGGAUCCGGAGCCCUCGAGGGAGGCAGCAGCCAGCCCCAGGGUCACAGACCCCCACUCCCACUGCGGAUGGGCCCCUAGCUCAGGAAGACUCUCCUCGCCCCUGUCGUUCCCGGGAUGAGGCCCGGGAGCAGCUGGCCCUGCAGGUGGAGCAGGAGCAGCGGGCUAGGCAGCGGCUGGAGGAACUCAUUCUUGGCCAGCUGGAAGAGCUGAAGCGGCAGCUGGACGCGCAGGAGGAAGAGCUGGACCAGCUGCGCCUGGGCAUGGGGGCGACAGACUCCGAGAAGCGCGUCCAGCACUUGACUUUGGAGAAUGAGGCCCUGAAACAGAGUUUGAGCCUCACCCGGGAUCUGCUGCUGCAUUGCGGACCCGACUCCGCACCCAGAGCUCCCCAGGAGGAGGCUGAGACCCUGGUGGAGCUGCAGGACCGUCUGCAGGAUGCCCGGGACACUACCGAGGCCCUCCAGGUGCAGGUGGGUGGGGAAGAGCUGCAGCUGCAGGACCCGGGGGCCCUCUGGCAGCUCCAGCAGGAGAUGGACCAAGGCUGCAGGCCAGAACUCCAGCAGGUGCAUGGGCAACUGGCAGAGCUUCAGGCACGCAUGGCCAGCCUGCGCCAAGGCUGUAGAGAUCUCCGAAGCCUGGUCAGCACCUUCACCCAGAGCUGGCAGGGUUCCCUGAGCGAGGCUCAGGGCCAGGUGUCCUGGGCUCUGAAGACACUGUCAGCUGGGAGGGUCAGCACCCAGCUUCACCCAGCAGAGCAGCAGACACCUUCACCAGGGUGCCCAGGGCGGCUGCUGGAACUCAAGGGAAAUAUCCGUGUGCUGUGUCGCCUAAAGCCAGGGGUGCCCUCUGGCCUUGUGAGCACAGAGCCGGGUCCUGGUGGCACCAUCUCCAUCUGCUUUCGAGGCCGCCAGCGUCGCUUCUGCCUUGACUGGGUCUUCCCUUCGGAUACCACCCAGGAGGAGGUCUUCCGGGAGCUGGAACCAACUGUGCUGUCCUGCCUGGGUGGCUACAAUGUCUGUAUCUUCACCUACGGUCAGACCGGGACUGGCAAGACCUACAGCAUGGAGGGCCCUCCUGAGGACCCGGGUAUAGCCCCGAGGGCACUGCAGGCUCUGUUCCGAGAGAUGGGCACCAAGGGCGCGCACCGAGUGACUCUGAGCAUGGUGGAGAUCUACAAUGAGGCUGUCAGGGACCUCCUAGCUCCGGGGCCUCCGGAGCGCCUGGCCGUGCGGCAGGGCCCGGCGGGCCAGGGGGAGAUCCAGGUGGCCGGUCUCACCUACUGGGAUGUGCCCAACCUGGAGACGCUGCACCAGAUGCUGAGCUUGGGGAGAAGCAACCGGGCCACGGCCGCCACCGCCAUGAACCAGCGCAGCUCGCGCUCACACGCCCUGGUGACGCUGACACUCCGCGGCACCGCUCCUCCGCGAGGCCCCGGCACCGCAGGGACCCUGCACCUGGUGGACCUGGCGGGCUCCGAGCGCGCCUGGAAGGCCGAGGCGACGGGGCCGGCGCGCGAAGACCGGGACGGCGCGCAGCGUCUGCGGGAGGCCCGGACCAUCAACCGCUCUCUGCUGGCGCUGGGAGGCGUGAUGGCCGCGCUGCGGGCCCGGCGGCGGCACGUCCCCUACCGCGACUCGCAGCUCACGCGCCUGCUGCAGCCGGCGCUCGGGCCGGGCGCCACGGCGGUGCUGCUGCUGCAGAUCUCCACGCGGCAGGAGGACCUCGGGGAGACCGUGUGCUCCCUCAAGUUCGCCGAGCGCGUGGGCAGGGUGGAGCUGGGGCCGGCCCGGCGUCGCAAGGCCGCGGGCUCCAGGACUCCGUCCUCGCUCAGCACCGACACGGGGCUCACCGGGACCCCCUGCGCCCCGACGCCGUGCCCUCCCAGCCCGGACCCGGACAGCGGCCCCAGCUCGGCCCGCGCGCACCCGGAGGACCUGCCCGCGUAGGCCGGGCCGGGGCGUCGCCUCUGCAGGCAGAGGCAGCCCGGGCCAGCCCGCCUGGGUGU